AUGUCGCCGACCACCUCAACACCAGAUCCGCUCGACGAUUGCCGGUGGACCAUCUCGGGUCCACUACGCAAACUGCCUAUUGAGACGCUGCAAGCCAUUCUUGAUUUGCUACCAGCCCGCCCUCUCCUCGCUCUGUUAUACGCAAUUCCCCCGUUUGAACGAAUGGUUAGCUCUCGACAUGUUGCUCACACUGAGAAGGAUGGCAUUUCUAUCCUACAUCUUCUUGCGACGACUAGUGACAAAACCAGGGCUUUAGACUUGGCAUUUUUGUACAAAAUGCUUGCCAAUGAUGCUGUUGACGCAAACCCAAUAUGUCAACGGCGGAACAAUCCAUUGGCCCAUGCAAUAUUUUCAAAGAAUGAAAAGGCGACGGAGGCACUGUUGAAGCGAGAAGAGGUCGAUGCAAAUUCAUGGUUCCCUCUUCUCGAAUACCAGACUCCGUUAAUUUAUGCCAUUGAACGGGAGGAAAAAAGACUUAUUGAUCUCUUACUCGAUGCAGAAGGCGUCAAUGGCGCUAAACCAGGCCUAUACAGGAGAACACCGUUGUCGUAUGCCGCCGGGAAGGAUGACCUGGUGUUGACAAGACGGCUCCUGCCGCAUUAUACCGACACAAGGCUCGUUGACAACCAUGGCAGUGAAGCAAUACGCCACAUAGAUAAGAUGGAUGCGGCUCAUCGAACUCCACUAUCAUAUGCUGCUGCUGCUGGAAGUAAAGAAGUCGUAGAGCUUCUACUAUCUCAUCGGAAUGUCAAGGCAAGCCGAAGAGAUGUUUAUAGGCAAUCACCACUAUCAUGGGCUGCUGCUGCUGGGAGUAAAGAAGUCGUAGAGCUUCUCCUAUCUCGGCAUAGGGUCCAUGUAGACCAGGCAGAUAAUAAUGGGCAAUCACCACUAGCAAAGGCUGCUGCUGCUGGGAGUAAAGAAGUCGUAGAGCUUCUACUAUCUCAGCGGAGGGUCAAGGCAAACCAUAAAGAUAAAGAGGGUCGAACGCCACUAUCAAUAGCUGCUGCCGCUGGGAGUAAAGAAGUCGUCAAGCUUCUGCUAUCUCAGCGGAGGGUCAAGGCAAACCAUAAAGAUAAAGAGGGUCGAACGCCGCUAUUAAUGGCUGCUGCCGCUGGGAGUAAAGAAGUCGUUGAGCUUCUGCUAUCUCAGAAUGGGGUUAACGCAAACCAGAAAGAUAAAAAGAAUCGAACACCACUAAUGUAUGCCGCUGCUGCUGGGAGUAAAGAAGUCGUAGAGCUUCUGCUGUCUCAGGAUGGGGUCGACGCGGCCCAUGAAGAUGACUCUGGUCAACCGCCACUAUCAGAGGCCGUUCAAGCGAGGAAUGAAGAAGUCAUACGGCUACUGGUAAACCCUGAUCUUUACAGAGGCGGGAAAGAUGACUAUUGUGCAAAACCACUAUUAUGUGCAGUUGCAACGGGUGACGAAAACAUCGUCAAGCUGCUACUACCAAGGCCUAAUGUUGAUGCAAGCACGAGAACCAGCAGCAAUCAGUGUGCGUUGAUCAAAGCUGCCAGGUUUUGCUCUUCAGCGGUGGUAAAGCUGCUACUAUCGCAACCCGGUGUUCACGCAGACAAGCCAGGUAUCUAUGGUCGAACGCCACUGUCGUUUGCUGCUCAGUACGGACGCGAAAGCAUCGCAAGGUUAUUACUAGAGGAGUAUUCCGUGACGGCUCACUCGAGAUGCAACAAAAACAGAACGCCCCUAGCCUAUGCAGCUGAGUCGGGAAAAGCUGAGAUCGUGAAUCUGCUACUGGAUCAUGUCAAGGAAGAAGACCUCAAGGACAAGGAUUCAGAAUUGCUAGUACUACUAGCACAGAAACUCCCCAGACUUCUCGCACCGAAAUUAGUCCAUGCUAGCAGGACCGGUGUAAACUAUGCCGACAAAGACGGAUACACAGCGCUAUUCUGGGCCUCCAAAUCCGGUUCGACGCCAUUGGUAGAGCUCCUACUUUCACAUCCGAAUAUCAACAUAGACAAAACGGCCGAAUAUUUGAACACGCCACUACUGGAGGCCAUUGAACAAGGCCAUGAAGACAUUGCAUUGCUAUUAAUCAAGCGCGGCGCCGACUGCAAGAGAGGCCCUACUCCAUGGCGCGACAGAACAGAUACACCAUUGACGGCUGCAAUUCGAUGUGCGCGAGAACGUGUUGUAGAGCAAAUACUGCAUCUGGGCGUUAGCAUGGAAACCGAAAAUCCCUUCUCCGAGUUACCACUGGCCUAUGCUAUACAAAAAAAUAAACCGCGCAUCGUCAAGCUGCUGCUCGACUAUUAUAGCAAGAAGACAGACGAGGCCACCUCGGAUCUCUGCGUGGGCAUGUACUAUGCAGUCAGAUUGUUGCAACCACAAGCUGUACAGAUGCUGCUCGGCCUGCUAAAUGGCCGAGUCCCCAAGCCCCAGGGCUGUCUACUGGAAGAGUUGCCAACGUUAUCCUCCUUGUUGAAAGGGCGGUUCAAUGAAGUGUUUGGCUAUAGAACGAGUUUACAUGGGGUGAGAGGUUGGAGUGCACGCAAGCGCCAGUACCAGCUCGUCGUCAAGGCGAUGCUGGGCAUCAGGGACGACGAGCUCGCCAACGAGGAUAAGGAGUCCCCCUUCUACAUAGCCCUACGCUGCCAAGUCUUCGUAGCACAGACGUUGCUCGAUCGGGCUGAUGGAGGCCCGGAUUGGGACCGUUACCACUUCCACUGGUCGGAAUCGAGGGGCGCAUUUGCCAAGUACGAGAACAUCGUGAGCAAACUCCUCGACAUGCGCGAUAAGCAGACGGCUCAGCUGCGCCGAGACAACCUGACGCCAUUGUCUUGGGCUGCGGCCGGCCCCGAACUUGAAUCUUACUUCCAUGUUGUCUGGCAUUUGCUGCACGCGCCAGAACCCGCUGUCAAUAUCGUCGAUCGGUACGGGUUAACUGAGUUAUUAUAUGCGCUAGGCGUCACUUCCGAUGAAGACAUGGCAUGGUUGUUUGGCAAGAUGUAG